AUGCCGCGAGUCCGGAAGAGGCCGGCGGGGGCCGCGAGGCCAGACAAGGAGGGGCCAGCAGGAAAACGUACCAACACUGAGAAGCCAGGGGAGGCCUCAGCUAAGGUGGGGAACUCCAGCCUCCAGGAGACUUCAGCCUCUAGAGACCGCGGGAAGAACCUAAGCAGCUGCUGGCUGAUGAAGUCAGAGCCAGAAAGCCGACUGGAGAAAGGGGUGGACGUGAAGUUCAGCAUUGAGGAUCUCAGAGCACAGCCCAAGCAGACAGCAUGCUGGGAUGGUGUUCGCAACUACCAGGCCCGGAACUUCCUGAGAGCCAUGAAGCUGCAGGAAGAAGCCUUCUUCUACCACAGCAACUGCAGAGAGCCAGGCAUCGCGGGGCUUAUGAAGAUUGUGAAGGAGGCAUACCCAGACCACACACAGUUUGAGAAAAACAAUCCCCAUUAUGAUCCAUCCAGCAAAGAAGACAACCCCAAAUGGUCCAUGGUGGACGUACAGUUUGUUCGGAUGAUGAAGCGUUUCAUCCCACUGGCUGAGCUCAAAACCCACCACCAAGCGCACAGAGCCACUGGCGGUCCCUUAAAAAACAUGGCUCUCUUCACCCGCCAGAGACUCUCAGUCCAGCCCCUGACCCGAGGUAAGAACGGCUCUCGCCUUUUGAUCACAUGCCACAGUGACCGUGAAUUCACAUGUACUAGCUGGUGA